AUGUCUAACAAUCGCUUAGAGCUAGGACAUACAUAUAUGUAUGCAGAAUCGAAUAAAGACCAAUACUUAUCUCCCUAUUCAUCUCGAAGUCGUUCACCGAAUUCUGGCAUUUCUAGCUUAAAUUCAAAACGAAUAAGAGCUAAUUCUUUAUUAGGAGAAUUUGAAGAACUUGAAAUAAAGUUCUCCCAAUAUGAAAUGAUUAAAGUUCCUGAAUUUAGAAUUGAAAAAGAAGAUUUAAAUAAAGAAAUAAAAAAAAUCACUAAUUUUUUGGCAACACCUUCUCCAGAAUCUGGAAAUAAAGAUAUUAGUCUUGCUCUUCCCUCUGCGAGUGAAUAAAAAACAAUGGAAAAUCUCUUUUUUUAGAGAAAAAAGCUCCGUUAAUGAAAUAUUUUUUUUAUAAAAAUAUCUUGAUAUAUAAAUGAUAAUUAUUAUAUAAUCCAAGCCUCCUUUGGUUCGGGCAAUGCUGACAUCUUUCAAAAUCACAGGGGUGCUGGUUUUACCAAUAUUUGUUUUAAAAAUUACUUCCCUUCUGAAAUCAAAAGAAAUCGGCAUAGUCCGUGCCAAAAGGCGGCUCGGGCUAUAAUGAAAUUUUUAAAAUAUAAAUUUAACAAAUCAAAUUAAUUUUUAUAUUCCAUUUUAAUUAAUUGGUAAUAAAAGCCCUCCAGCCCUCUCACUGAGUUAGAAUAAAAAGGGAUUUAUUAUUAAUUAUAAUAAAUAAUCCCAUCAAACAGUAUAAAAUAUAGUUUUAACGAAGUGAAUAUAUUUAUUUCUAAAUGUAUACUUCCAACACCAUUUAUAAAAGCUAGAUUCAGAAGCCCUACUUUUAGCAUUAACUGUAUUAACUUAGGGCCUGGCGAUUAUUCGCCAGAUCAAAAGAAAACAAUUUCAGGAGGAUAUUUCCCUCUUCAGCCCAGGUUUGAUGAAUCUAUUGAAGACAAAGUUGAAUGGUUUUUAAGUAAAAGAAGGAAAAAGAAUUUAAGUUUUUCGAAUAAAAUUUUUAAGUUUAAGUUUAUUGAAUUUCUUAUGCAUAUUGAAUGCCUUAUAAGUUUCAUUCUUGAGGAUCAGCUACGAUAGCAGCUCUGAAAAACGGUAGAUGAACCGGCCUAACCAUCGAACCGUUAAAGUUAUCAAGCCCUUUCAGACUUCUCUAGUCUGUGCCAAUCUCAGCACAGACCACUUCUCUUCAAGCCAAAGCUCUCAAGAAGUUAAACUUCUCUCACUGAGCUCGGUUUAUGAGUCAGUCCUGGUGGAUCAGGACUAGGGACCCAUCCUUAACUGCCAUUUUAAAUAUUGUGCGAAUAAAAUAAGUGAAAGAAAUCAAGAUAUGACUCAGUAUUUGCCAGAAAAAAAAUCAAAAAUACAUUGUGAAAAAGUGCAUAAGCACAAUAUUACACUUGAAACUGUACGAGAGGCAAAGAGGAGGAUAGAUAAGAUGAAUAGAGAAGCAAAAGAAGGCAAAUUAAAAUAUAAAAUGAAAAGAUUUAUGUUUAAUGAAAAAAGGACAGAAUUUAAACAGAUAUAUAUAUCAUGGAUUGCUCUGGCAUCUAUUGUUGGUCUACAUACUAUUUUCUAUUAUAAAACUGAAGGAAGAAAGGUAAACAAUAUUUAGAGAAGGCGAGGUCAAGUAAGAAAACAAAUUUCAUUUUUUUGUUUAAUAUCAAGAAUUUUAGGAAAACUAAAGUUAUCCUUACUCCUUAUCCUUGAUUGAAUUACUUCAUUUAAAAUUUCCUAAGAAUUGGGAAAAUUGACCCCAUCUUUGAAUACAUACCUAGCAUAAUUAAAUAUGGCGUCUCAACUUGGGUCUGGCCUCUCGGCCAGACAGUUUCGAGCCCUAUUUAAUUAUAUCCGGCAAGGUUUUGCCAUACCAGAGACGGACAGCAACGACAGGUAAGCAAUUCUGGCAGUGUGCAGAGCCUGUCCCUAGUCCUAUUUCAGGCAUGGAUUUGAACACACAGUAGUUGGAAAAGGGUGGCCCAGCAAUGUCCUCAGGACCAAUCGGGCACUUCACUAGCGUGAAACCGAGAGUUACGCCUCAGGCUCUGUGAUUUCCCUUUUUGCCGAGAGUCGGCCAGAAAAUCCAUUUUUUGGAUUUUCCAGCAGACAACUCACGUCCUCAAGCAGAAUAGCUCAGGCAUGAGCCGCCUUAGUUGGCAACACUGCCCCGGAAGCAUAUUGUGUGAUCAAGGCAAGUCGACCCAGAGGCUUGCGGACUCUAUGCGGAAGAAGGCAGCGGGAAGUUCUGGGAUGGGCAACCCCGUAAAGGGCGUUAAACGUAUAAAUUUAAUAGAAUAGAAUAACAUACCUAGCAAAAAUUAUCUAUGAUAAUAAUUAAUAUAAGAUAUUACAGGUACAAUCACUCCCAGGAAUUUCUAGCAAAUUUACUAAUAUAUUGUAUAACCUAUCUCUUAUCGAUAGCCUAUAAAUUUUUAUAUGGGAUUUUUAUAAUAGCACAUAUGUGAGUAAAAAAAAAUAUCAUAAUUUUCUUUUCAGAAAUUAGUUUAGCCUAUCUUUGAUCAAGUAACAUGAGCUCUUCGACCAAGGGUGGGAAUUUAGUGAAGAAUAGAAGAAUAAAUCUUAUCUGAAAAUUAAGCAAGAAUGCUAUGAGGAUAAAAAAAUGGGUAAAUAACCGAAGGUCUUUACUCUUAAAAAUUUUGGAUACUGAAAUCUUUAAAAGAUCGAAUAAUCAAAAUACUCUUCUUCAACUUAUGGCUCAAUAUUGAAAAUAUAAAAGAACAUUGCAAAUAGGUUUAAAAAGGAUAAUUGAAAUAAAAAGGGCAAGAUUUCAUGCAUUAGGUUUGCUAUGAGUAAAAAUUCAAUCAAAUCUAAUAAAAAAAUACCGAAAAUCUGGAAAAAUAAAAGUUGAUAAGCCAGAAAAAUUGAUACCUCAAAAAGUAAUUGAAGAAAAUCUUCAAAAAUACUUUCAAGCUCAAGCAAAAUCAUAUUUAGAAAAAUAUAAUAAAUAUAAAGCAGAGUGCCGGGAAGCAGACGAAUAUAAAGAAAGGGAAUUAAAGGAAAUCGAAUUUGAUGCUUUACUUUCAGAGAAUAUUAUUUAUGAGAUAACCGAAUGUAUAAGCCCUCAAGCGCCUACUUUUGUUUUGUACUCGAAUGAAAAUUUGUUGAAAAAACGUGUGAUGCAAGUUAUCCAUUUCUAUGCAGUAAGUAAAAUCCAAGACGAUUUCCCAUCUCCAAAAGGCAAAAAUAGAUUCCAAAGAAGAUCAGUUCAAAUAUAUCCUGAAGAAUAUGCCAGAUUCCAAAAUAAAAUAAGAUAUAAAGAUGAAACUGAUAGAAGGCGACCUUCUAAUUUUGCAUUAUAA